AUGAGAAAAAGGGACAACAAAGAUUUCUUUCAAAACAGAUUUCAUAAGGAGUCAGGGGUUGAAAAAGAUGGUGUUGCCAAGUUUGUACUUGUGUGGAACCAAGUUAUAAAUAGUAUCAGAUUAGAGGACUUAAUCAACAAUAGGGAUUUUAUGGGGAAGGAUGAAAUUCUUGUCAAAAAGAUUAGAAAAGACAAAUGCAUUUACUAUGAUGUAAAUGAGUGUUGUGAUUCACUAAAGGUCAUAUCUGAAAUAAUAUAUGAAGUUGAAGAAAACCUUGAAAGAUCAAGUUUUCUUGAGGACUUUAGAAUGAUUGAGCUUCCAAAUUUGCGAGAUAAAUUUGAUGAGUUGCUUGAACUUCUGGUGAUUUUCUUGGGUCAUAUUGUUAGUAGAGAUGGAAUCAAGGUAGAUCCAGCUAAGACUGAGACUGUCAGGGAUUGGCCAAGGUUAUUACAGGAGGUUUGUGGAGAGUUCUCAAGGAUAGCUACCCCACUGACAGAGCUGACGCACAAGAGUCAGAAGUUUGCAUGGUCAGAUAGAUGCGAGAGAAGCUUACAGGAGUUGAAGCGUUUGAUUACCGCUCCAAUCUUAUGUCUUCUGACAGAUCAGGAAAAGUUCAUAGUUUAUUGUGAUGCCUCAAGACAAGGGUUAGAUUGUGUCCUUAAGCAGGCAGGAAAGAGGUAUCCUACUAAUGAUCUGGAGUUAACAGCAGUGUUCUUUGCAUUAAAGAGGCAUUGGUUGGAACUGGUGAAGGACUAUGACUGUGACAUCCUUUGUCAUCCAAGAAAAGCCAACAUGGUGGCAGAUGCCUUAAGUCGGAAAGGUUCUGGACAGUUAUACACUUCGAGGCAGAUAUCCAAGGAGUUGGCAGAGGAUAUGACUAGAGUAGGGAUUAAGUUAGUAGUGGGCUAG